AUGGCACAAUUAUGUAGCAAAGGCAUAAAUCAAAGAGUUGAGAAAUCAAAUUCCUUAGUUUCGAGUGCAUCCUAUUCUAGAAUCAAAUCAAUAUGUUUAUAUGGAUCCAAAUCCAUGAUAAGACUAGUUAAGAAGAAAGGAAUAAAUUUGGGGAAACUAUUUUGGGGAUGCAGAUACUUUAAGAGUGAAGAUGAUAAUCAUGGUUGCAACUUUUUUCUCUGGUACAAACACCAACGCAAUGAUGAAAGCAAACCAGAGAUACAAUACACUGCAUUUUCAAAGUGUUCCAAAUGUGAUGAAAAGAAUGUACAAAUCAAGAUGCUUAGAAGGGAUGACAACUACAAUAAGGAUAUGAUGAAUAACCUAUUUAAGAUGUUUAAGAUGAGUUCCAUUCCCACCCUUUUUCUCUCAGAUCUUCCAUUACUCCUCUUUCUUUUUUUAGGUGUUUCAUCUGGUAGGAGUUCAUCACCAGGGCGGGCUUCAUUUGAUUCAUUUGAAACUACUUCAGGGUGGGCUUCAGUUGGUUCAUUUGAAACUACUUCAGGUUGGGCUCCAGUUGGUUCAUUUGAUACUACUUUAGGUUGGGCUUCAGGUAGGGUAACUUCUAUAUCAGGUUGGGAAAUAGGGUGA